AAAGCAGCAGUGAUAGAGCGCCGAUCUGCAGUCUGCAACUUAUGAGUUUUAAAAGUUUACUUUGUUCGUAGUGUUGUUGGUGGUCUCUCAAAAUUUAUAAUGUGAUAUGAACUAUAUUUUAAAACUCCUACUUUGUAAAUAAUAUUUCCCGUUUUUAAGUUUUUUCUAUAAUGUCAGUUUCGCGACUGGAAGGAACAAGUGAAAGAGCGAAUGGCAUCAUAAACGACAGUGAUUUAGAAACAAAAGAAGAAUACCAGCAACGAUGGUUCUCAAUACGAAUAAUGUAUUUCACAAUGUUCCUCAUGUCGCUUGGCUUCAGUAUUGUUUUGACUGGCGUCUGGCCGUACCUCAACAAGCUAGACGCAGCGGCGGGGAAGGAGUUCAUGGGCUACGUGGUGGCGGCGAACCCCCUGGCGCAAAUGCUGUUCUCGCCCCUGGCCGGUUGGUGGGGCAACCGCCUUGGCAGCAUCCGUCUCCCGAUCCUCCUCUCGCUGCUCAUAUUCGUGCUCUCCAAUGCCAGCUACUCGCUCCUCGAGCUCCUCCCCCAUCCCAAGUACUGCAUGCUCGUGUCUCGCUUCUUCGUAGGCAUCAGUGCUGCGAAUAUUGCAAUAUGCCGUUCAUAUCUGUCAGCUGCCACCAAGGUAGAAGAGCGAACUAAAGCCGUGUCAAUGGUGUCCUUAGCACAGGUGCUCGGCUUCAUUAUAGGCCCAUCGCUGCAGGCAGUGGUGACGUUCUUGAAGGACGGCACCAUGCUGUUUGGGUGCAUUCCGUUCGACAUGUACUCGGCGACCGGGUGGAUGAAUGUGAUGCUCGGCCUCAUCAACAUGGUCCUACUCAUGCCACACAUAUUCGUCGAGCGGCCUAUCGCCGCCAAGGAGGCUAUGCUGCUCAGUGGCGCCGAAACAGAGCAAGCAGCUUGGAAAGAAACUAAACCAGACUAUUUGAUUGCGUGGACCAUGAUUGUAUCAUUUUUCAUUCUAGUCUUCAAUUUCGUUCUAUUGGAAACGCUGGGUACAUCUUUGACAAUGGACCAAUUUGCGUGGUCAAAAUCGGAAGCUGUUAAGUACAUGGGCAUUCUGUUGUCUGUUGGCUCAUUGUUCGCUUGCGUUACGUUCAUUGUGAUUGGACCACUAUGUAAAAAAUUUAACGAAACCAGAGUACUCCAAUACGGCGGAUUUCUUCUAAUGGUAUUUGGAAGGGCGGCUUGCAUGCCUUAUGGAAGUACAUAUCCAGUUAUAGCGCCCGCAUUUAAUGGAACAAUUUUGAAUGAUGAAGAAGUUGUUGGAUGUCCAGAUUCACAAGAGUGGUGCAAAACCACUCCAGCAAUGUCGGUUGGUCAGUUUUUUGUUGGAUUUGUUGCUACUGCUAUUGGAUAUCCCAUUGGAGUGACGCUCAUACAAACCAUAUUUUCAAAAAUCCUUGGACCAAGGCCACAGGGUGUUUGGAUGGGCCUACUGACAGGAGCGGGCUGCCUAUCGCGAGUCCUUGGCCCGAUAUUCGUGAGCUAUGUGUACACCAGAUUCGGCACUUACUGGACAUUCGGCAUCACAACCGUUAUGAUGAUUGCGCCGAUGGUGUGGCUGCACUUUGUCUCCAGUCGAAUGAAUUCGGCCAUCAAGUGUGUGUCGCCCAACUUCAACGACGUCGAAAUGACUAAAAAGCAAUCGACCGAGAAGAAAAUGGAGAACGGUUCCAGUAACAGCUCGGUGAAUAGUGUUAAUGAGAACAUACGGUUGUGAUAUUGUUUGCUCGAGAGAUUCCGUUUGAUGUUCCUCUUUAUCACUUCAUACUACAUCCAUUUCACCCAUCAUCUGUCACCAUCACUACCAUUAUCAUAAAAUUCAUCAUCAAAAUGAUUAUUCAUUAAUGAUCAUAAACAGCAGUCAUUGGCAAUCUUCAACAAUCAAUCAGGAUCACGUGAUCACGCACAUAUCUAAUAUGGCCCAGAUAGGCGAGACAGAUAAAGGUCCUCAGCGGUUUACCAGAGAGGCUUUUCUGUGCAAAAAGUUUAAACUAUCUGAUGAGAUUUUAAUUGAUUGUUUAUUGGUUUCGUUUUUGAAGGCUUUUUAUCGAAAUAAUCAUAACUUUUAUUAAAAUGAUAAAUAGCGUCAUAUAAAUCACUUUUGCAAGACUUUAUUACGAUGAAAUCGAACUUUUUUAUCAAUUGAAUUAAGCCUUUUUACAAGUUUUUGACAUUACAAUGAUUUCUAAGUUAUAAUGGUUGAUGGAACCUUCCAUCAAUACGAAUAGAGAAAAUAUUAUUAUACGGAGUUGGACAAUAAGGUAUGGAUAGUUUGAAAUGACAGUUACACACCCAAUUUUAAAUGAGUGUGCAUCUACCAAUUCAAACUAUCCAUACUUCAUUGUCCAACCCUGUAUAAAUAUGAAUAUAUAUCAUAAAUAUAUUUAAUUAGAGAAAAUGAAUAUUAUAUUUAUAAAUAUAAUUAUAUAAAUUGUUAAUAAUAUAUGAUCCAUCAUCCACCUCAUUCUAGUCAUUCAAUUGAUUAUUGACAAUAAUGUCUAGGCAAUAAUAAAUUUAUUAGUAACAUUUUGAGAGACCGUUUCAUAAUUUUUGAAAUGUAAUAGAUAUUUCAGGUUCUUCGAAAAUUUUUAUAUCUCUGUAGAAUCAUACAUCUAAGUAGAAUUAUAAAUCUAAAGAAUUACUCUGUUGCAUAUCCAUACUUUUUCACUAUUAAAAUUAAACUUGAAUUUUAAAAAACACUUUUGGAGUGAAAAUGCACUUACAUUAGUUGUGACGAUCGUUUCGACCUGUUGUUGGUCAUCAUACUCUAAUGUCAAGGUUAUGUGUGGUAAGGGAUUCCUAGAGUAAAUUCCUACAGUCUGAUGAUGACCAACAACAGGUCGAAACGAUCGUCACUACUAAUGUAAGUGCAUUUUCACUCCAAAAGUGUUUUUUAAAAUUCAAGUCUAAAGAAUUAGCUCUUAUACGAGCUAAUUAAUCUAUUAGCUCGUAAUUAUAAAUAAACAUUGUAGUAUUAUCAAUCAUCUUCCAUUCUCAUCAAAAAGAUCUCAUAACUCAUUGCUCAGUAGAACUGUAUAUUUCCAGACUCAGAUUAGUUUGAAUAUAGUUAAAUAGACUUCUAAUAUUCUUGCCAUUUUCCAAUAUUAAUUAUCAAUUCGUAUUCAAUUUUUAAAUGAUUAAAAACAAUGAUCUCUUUAAGGUCUUUGAUUAAAAACCUAUAUUUUAGCUAUUUUAUUGAAAAAUCUAGUGUUUUUGCGAUGACCCCUUCAAACGAUAAAUGUAGAGGUAUUCUUUAACUCUGUACCGUAUUUCUUGGAGAUUUCAGUAGAAUACUAGCCCAAUUUAAACUACAGUAAUUUUGUAUUUGAGCGAUAGUAAUAAUCUAUAUUUUUAUUAUAACUUCAAACCUUUCAGUAUAUUUAUGACGGGUAUAUAAUAAGAGACUGUUUGAUAAGUAAUGCAAUGUUUAAAUAACAUUGCAGAAUUUAAUAAAAAUUCCUAAAGUUGUCCUUACCUUAUCCUUCAGUAAAAUGAAAAAGUCUUGAUUGUUACCCAUUUUCAAUUUUUAGUGAAAUGCAUUAUAUUCAUCAUCGUAUCAAAUAUUUUCUACAACUUGAUCUGAAUAGAUUUUCUAGACAGUAAAAAUUGAUAUAGUAAACUGAACUCUGUUCUCAGAGAUUUUGAAUUUUUGUGCUUUGGAGCUUCACGAAUCCAAAGUUAGUAGACAGUUAGUAGACUGUCUACUAACGUUGAUACGAAUCUGCAUACUUUGAAUUGAAAAAAACUAUAUUUCUUAUUCAUUUCAAGCUAUUAUAAUUUUUUAAAAUAAUUUAUUAGUUCUCUUAGAUAAAAUUUGAAGUUGCAAUAAUAUUCAAUCAUUUUUUCAUCAAAAAAUUAUUCAAAUAAUUCAAAAAACUCAUUACCUUGACUCAAGUGAAGUUUAUGCUUUGUAGAAUUCUAGCUGAUCAAUGAUGUAAUAUUGUUUUUCGAAGGUAGUGUUUAUUCUUCAUAGCAAAAUUAUAAUCAUAUUACAAUUAUGUACAAUUCAAGUAGUGCAAUAUUCAUUAUUUCUUAGUAUUAUCUUCGUAUUUCUUAUUUCUUAUCUUCAUUAAUUUAUGAGUAUUUGUCAUUUAUAUUUCAAAUAACUUCUUAGGCGAGGUUUGAGGCAGCUUUGUUCAUUAAUCUAUGCAGUUCUUCAAAAAUAAACCCAAUUGAUCACAAAUAAUAUAUCAACUAAUCCUAUCUAUUUGUCAAUUAAAUAUUAAGUUAUUGAAAAAACCACAACCAUAUUCUAAAAGCUUUAUACUGAUAUUUAUCAAUACUUAAUUAAAAAUCUUCACUUUCGAUCAUUGAGUCAUUCUCAGUGCUCAAACCUUUUGGAUAUAAUCUGGUGAUAUAAGGUCUGAGAAACUACUAAUAUAAUAGUCUAGUGUCUAGUAUCUGAGAAACUACUAAUAAAAUAGUUAAGUGUCUAGUGCCUUCUUGCUCUUGCUCAUAAAGAUUGUUGAACUGAUAUUUUUGGUAUAGUUGGAUAUUUUCAGAUCAUAAUCAUUCCAUAUUUGAACAGGUCUUAGCUGAUAGAUGUAACAUAUUAUUUGUUAAUAAAUAUUUGUAUAUUUUGAAGUGUUUGAAAAUGAAAUUAUUAUGUAUACUAUAUAUUUUAUCAAGCAAUAUUUAAAUCCAGAUUUGGAUUCUAGAUUCAUAGGGGGGGGGGGGGCAUUUUUGGGAGAGGACCAGGAUUCUGUUUCGCAACGGGAUACGUUCACCCCCCCCCUUUCAAAGGGGGGUUGAAUUCAUCACUCAGGGUCAUUUUUCUUAUUUCAACUUCUUUCCCUAUAUCCAGCUAAGCUCCUUAGGUUUUUAUUAAUAACAGCAUCACACACACAAACAUUCGAUGGAUUUCAGCCAUCAUUUCACCCAUAAUCAACCACUUCUCAGAUUCAAUAGUAACUGUAGGAAAAGUUUAAUGUGAAAUACGUGCGCAAAGUUCCUCUGCUGCACUCAAGAAACCAUUCCGCCCUCGCCUACGGCUCGGGCGUAAACGUUUCUUUCGGUGCAGCAAACUGUCACUUUGCGCACUAGUUGCACAAAUAACUAUUCCAAUUUCCUUAUAAUUCCUCCCCCCCUCCCCAACCCUUCUUCCCUGUCUAUCCUCUUACUCCCACUAUCCAAAAUGUACCUCAAGAUCUGAAAGCUUUAAUAUAAGGGAUCACAUUACCCCCUGUGGAUUAUAUAGCAAUAUAAUACAAAAUGCGUCGAUGCUUCAUAAUAUUAUUAUGUGACGUUUAAUAACUUUAAAAUAUUCUAUUCCAUAAUUAAAAUAUUUUAAGCAAUCAUUUUAUUUCUAUAGACAAUACAAAACUUGAAUAUUUUCCAGUACUUAACAAUUAUCCCCCAUUUUGAUUAAAUAUUUUGUUAAUGUGUGUUUUUUAUCUUAAUAAUAAUUCAAUAAUUGAGAAAAAUCAUUAUAAAUACGUAUAGUAAUUAUGUUAGAUGAUUAAUUUGAAUAUAUUAGUGGAUGAUUAUUAUUUCCUGCUCUUUCUCAUAAUAUAUUUCACAGUAUUUCCAAAACUAUUGUUCGUUCACUUCUAAUUCCAGCUUUUUUUAAACAAUUAUUAGAAUCUUACUUUCCCAAUAUCAUCCACGGUAUUGAAUCUUUGGCAACUCCAAUAUGUUUAUAUGAGUGUGCAAUUUGUAAGCUUAUCCAUUUAUUCUUACUAGAGCAUGAAAAGUGAUUAAUUUUCUCAUAAUUUUGGCUCUUUAGAAUAAUCUGUUAUGUAAUAUUAAAUAAGAUAAGACUGUAAGUUACCAAUAAUCUUCCACAUACUGUAUAAGUUUAUUUAAUAGUGAUAUAACUUCUACCGAUAUCUAUAAACUCGCUCAAAACCAAUUUCCAUCAAUGUUAGAUCUGUAUUAUCAAUCUCUAUUUAUUGUAGAUUUUGUAUCGUUUACAAUAAAUAUAAUUUCUAAUGAUA